UCUUUACUUCCAUGAAAAGAAAUAAUUUCGGCUUUCCAUUUCCAACAGACAAAACAAGCUGCAAAUGCACAGUAAUAUCAGAAAAUGAAUUCAAUCCAAGUCUCACUAUAGAACCGCUAAAAUUUUUCAGAAGUUAGACGAAAUUCUUCGAUUCAUUCUGUCAAUUUCUUGCUUUACUUGUAAAAAUGGCGAGAAACGGAGGAGGUGGAGAGGCCGUUCCUCCGUUAUCAUCCAGCUCGAGAUCAAGACCAGGGCCAGACCCCUUUUUGGUUGUUUGUAGAUGCUUCAGCUUCAUCACUGCUCUCACUGCUAUUCUCUGCAUUGCCGUUAACGUUCUCUCCGCCAUCCGAUCCUUCAAGAAAGGAUAUGAUAUAUUCGAUGGGAUUUUUCGGUGUUACGCGGUGGUGAUUGCGUUUUUUGUGGUGGUUGCCGAGACGGAGUGGGGUUUUAUCACCAAGUUCUGGAAGGUGUUGGAAUAUUGGGCUGCUAGGGGCAUGCUGCAGAUCUUUGUUGCAGUCAUGACAAGAGCUUUCCCUGACUAUUCAGCAAGACAGAAGAAUCUUAUUCUUCUUCAAAAUAUAGCAAGCUAUAUGCUGCUUGCUUGUGGUGUGGUCUAUGUUGUUUCGGGAAUUUUAUGCAUUGGCUAUCUCAAACGUACUCGCCAGCACAAGGAAAUUACACGGGAGCAGGCACUCAAGGAUCUGGAGCAAUUGGAGCGGCGGAGGGAGGAACUUGAACAAUUGCUUGUGGUGGAAAGAGUUUGAUGCCAUUUGUGCUUACCGUUGUUCAGAUAUCAGUUAGAAGUGAAGUGACUUCUGUGAGCCCCAGUUCUGCGAAUCUCAUGUUUAUAUGCUUUUGCCUCACUGAUUUAUCCUGUUAGAUUUUUUUGAGGCAGGAGAACACAUCUUCUUUUUAUAAACAGAGUUUCCAACUAGUUAGGAUUAUCAAGUGUGUCCCAUGUUCAGUGUGCCUAUGCAUCUACAGGUCGUGUGCUUGCUGGGAUACAUGUCAAAAUUCAUUUUGUACUCAUUUUUAUUUUCUGUGCGACCCAGAUGUUCUAUAUCAGUUAUGGAAAUUAUUCUUAAUGGAGACGAAACUGAUCAUAAAAGAAUCUGAGACUUCUAUUAUAUUUUG